AUGAGUUCGGGUCCUACCGCCAAUCGUCCAUUAACAAAAACAUUUUGUGAAAAAUGUCAAAAACAGUUUCAACCAAAAGAAGCCAUGCAAAUCUAUCAAGAAAAAUAUUAUCAUCCACAAUGUUUUACAUGUUCGGGAUGUGGGAAUACUUUAGCUGGUAAACCAUUCUUUCCAAAACCAAACAAUUUAUUUCAAUGUGAACAAUGUAACAAUGUAUUGGCACCAGUUUGUUGUAUGUGUCAACAAAAAAUACCGUCUGGUGUGACCGCCAAACGAUUUCAAAACAAACACUAUCAUAGCGACUGUUUCAGAUGUGCCAAAUGUACCGCUGUUAUACCCGAUGGUCACAAUUUUGUCGAUAUGUUAGAUGGUCGAUUUCAAUGUUUAACGUGUAGUAAACAUAUCACUGGUGUUUAUCAAGGUAAAGAACAUGCGCCACAUCUUGAAAAUAUGCUCGGUGAAAUAACAACCAUACAAGGUGAUCAAGCUGGACGAAUACCCAUUUGUGAUAAAUGUACGAGACCGGUUACUGCCGAAGAAGAAGCAUUUAAACAUGAUAUGAGAUAUUACCAUUUGGAAUGUGCAAGAUGCAAUAGAUGUCGAAAAAAAUUAUUCAAAGUGCCUUGUCGAAAACUUGGGUCGGCAUUAGGUAAGUAAGAGAAAUGUUGAUGAAUUUAAUCGCUUAAUCAUUCUAAUUUCUAAUUUAGUUUGUCAUACUUGUUCAUAAACAACUAUCGUAUCUUAUUUAUUAAAUUUCUGCUGUUUACGUCGGCGAUACACUUAUUUUUAUCGUAUAUCAUCUCCAAUCGUGCUUUCGUUUAUCCUGGCUUAUGUUUUCUUACGCAAUUAUACUAUUAUUGAUUCACCGAAACCGCUUACAUAAAUUCUGUACUCAGUACUUACGAAAUACUUACGUUAUAUUUUUAUUUUAAAUAAAAGACAUUGUGAAAUGCAACAGUUAGUAUUGUUUACAAUUUUAGUACGGUUCUAUUCACAAUGCUUACCAGUUUAUUAUUAAGAUAUGUUGCGAGCAAUCUGAAUAUCAAACUUUUACUUAAUGAUUAAGAACUUGUUGUUAAAAUCUGUUACGUUAGGUUCCUUUCACAGUUUAUUCUUUAAUGAAUGUGCUUGAGAGGAACUGCUUAUUUACUAAUGAAUUUCUGUAGAUGCUUGUAAAACGAAAAGUUCUUUGUAAAUUGAUACUUCAUAAUUACUUGCCGACGUAUAUGAAAGUACUUGACAAAUACUUCAUAUAUGUAUUGAACCUCUCACUGCCUAUGGCGAAAUUUUAGUAGAUACCGCGGUGUGUACACGCGUGAAUAUCGUGAAAUGAAUUGUGGUCGCACGUGAACAUCGUAAAAUGGUGUGUGAGCACGCGUGAAAAAUAUAUUCCACUUGUGACAACGGGUGAACUGGUCACGAAAACGUUUCGCGUCAUAUUUUUUGCACGUGAUCACAGGUGAAAGUCGUGAAGUGUGUAGUGGCCACACGUGAAUUUCUCAUGUUAAAAUUUCCGUAAAAAAAUAUCACUUGCGGACACGCGUGAAAAUGUUUCCCACUAAUUUCAUUGUGAAAAACAUCUUCACGUUUAUUCGCACGUCAGUUUUUCAUGCAACCCAUUUCGUGAAUAAUAUUCAUAGCGACAAAUAUUAUAGGGACAAAAUUCUUACGUUUCACGCGCGUCCACGUGAGAAACCUUUUACAGGUGCGAAAUGUCUUGAAGAUUGAGCGGCCUAUAUCCUCCGAAAGUUGUACAUAAAUACAGGUGAAAACCCUUGCUGUAGACCGAAGGUAUUUGCUGUAGGCAUAUACCUGGGAAUCAUCUUGUUCCCCUGGAGGAAGUAUUAACUAAAAAAGUUUGGAAAAGUUGGAAACUAAGAAAAAAGAUUUAGGAAGUUCACGAGUAAUCACGCGUGGAAACUUUUUUACACGUGGUAACUCGUGAGGAUUGAUUCGACAACUAUAAAUAUGAGAUUUAUGCAGUAGUUUCUCAGGCAAGUUAGCUCAAUAGUAGUAUCGUAGAUUUCUAAUUCAAAGUACCCUGGUUCGACUCUUACUUUGCGGUGAUAUAUAUAAAAUGUGAUAUUUUAGAAACUAGUGGUCACACGUGGAAACAGUUAUAGAUGAAGUUGCAUUGAUGAAAUCUGCAUUAUACCUUGACCAUGGUGACCAUGUAUAGUCGGUUGACUAUAGAUGGUCGGCAUAGUCAAGUUUUUUUCACACGUAAUCACGCGUGCGAUGUUGCAACAACACGACCAAACUGUCGUGAAACUUGCUGUCUUUACCUACAAAAUUUCGUGAAAGUCCAAGCUUUCACGAUCCCUCGCGCGUGAAAAGUCGAUAAAAUUUCCACAUGGGUGGUACUCGUUGAUUACUUGAACAAGUAUUUCGGCAACUACUCUCUAAAAAAAUUCCGUAGCUGACAAAACGAAUAUCGGUUUUGGCAUUCGUUCCUAAUAGAAACCGAUAUCCGUAUUGCACAGUCCUGCUUAACCGUUUCGCAGAAUACGCUUGAACGUGUUUUGCCUUGUGAAGAAACGGAUUUAGGUUUUGUACCUGAGAGGAAACGUUCAAGCAUAUUCUACGAAACGGUUAAGCAGGACCGUAUGAUACGGAUAGCGGUUUCUAUUAGGAGCAAAUGCCAAAACUGACAUUCGUUUUGUCAACUGCGGAAUUCUUUUAGAGAGUAUUUGAUAAGAAGAUAAAGUAAUUUAAGUACCUAACUUCUUGACCAGUAGUUGAUGUUUCUGCAAAAAAUCUGGAAAAUAUUGGACAAAACUUGCGAGAGUACUUGGGCAAGUACUCGUAUUCUUAUUUUCACUAAGGUUCACGUGCCUACCUAUAAGAUUAAUAUCCAGUUAUUCCAAAUCUGGAUGGCCUGGGUCGAACAGUACGAUUCUCGGUCAGUUUCGAGCUACAGAUACAAUAAGUGAUUUCGGCACACGGAAACAACACGUUUCGACAAUUACUGAGAUCAUCACAGUGGACACUCACGUAGACAUUUAGCAAUAAAUAGAAAAGUAAAGUUUUUGCAGAUUUAUUGGCGAAAAAUACAUGAGCACUUUGUUGGCAUAAUAAUAAUUGCAACCCUCAAGGAUUAUAGGAAAACACUUGUUCAAAAAUUAGUCUGAAAACACAGUCCUGUACGUUUGUGCUGUGCGUUCCACUUUACUCAAAAAAAUUAUAAAUAAAAUGAUAUAGAGACUGGUUCUAGGUACGUUCGGCUACAUAGACGAUAACAUUUUAAGUAACUUCGCAGAGAAAUAAAAGUAUUUUUCAAGCUCAUCAAUUUUCCUACGAGAUGUGUUUAGUAUAAUGAGUUCACUCGCUCUAGCUCGUCUUCGGUUUACUCAAACUCCGGCAAAAUGUUCUUCAAUGUAUGCUGCAUCUACCAUAUCAACGCAAAAUAGCUCAUCCUUUUCCAAUUUUUGAUACAUGAUUUCCAAACCCUGAUUUUCGGGUAAAAUUCUUUCUCAAUUUCUCACGACUAUUAUAUAUCAUUCGAAAGCUUUUUUAGCCACAUUCUCGUGUAUCAUAUAGACGGAAAUAGCCGUUCUCAGGUCAAGUAUGUCUGAAAAUACUUUUGUCUAUGAAAAAAGAUCUUUUUCUUACAAAGUCUCAAAUAUUCUAUGAAGAAAUUUUUGAACCUUUCCUAUUAUCGACAUUUAAAAAGAAUGCGCUCGGCAAAAUGCUUAUAACAUGUCAACGGAGAGAGCUAGAGACCUGCGGUUUCCAGAUUCUGAAACCAGACACUCUGGGACGUACACCUAUGAGAACAUCAGGGCGUCCGGUCAAGUUUACCGUGGUGUACCAUUCGAGACCAAAUACGAAAGCUUACCGUUCCCAAGCCACACUAUGACAUCCAAUCUCAAAUAAUAGAAGUCGAUAGCCAAAACAUUUCUCUUCAAAACUUACAAGGUCCAAGUCUUCAUCUCCUGUGGUUCCGGAGAUACAGACGCUUUCUCAGGACACACCUAUCUCGAUGCAGACUCGGGGAAUCUCAGAAACAUGUGGAUCAUAGGUAAUCGACCAAGCUAAUCGAGCCCACGUAUAUUUAGAAAUACUUCUGUCUAUAAUCUGAAAAUAAUCUUCUAUGUACAAAAAGUCUAAGAUAAUCUAUGACACCCUUUAUCAUCCAGCCACUACAAUAGAUAUACAAUUCAAUAGAGAAUUUCUCGCGCUACAAGUUCAGAUAUAUAAAAUAGUGACAAAAGUGUCCUGGAACACCCUGACAUUAGAAAUACUUUCUGCACAACUGUGACAAGUGAGUGACUUGUUCAACGGUGUGGAUUCUAUGAUCAAUGUUUCUCGACUAGCCACUUCGAUGGAUAUACCAUUUAAUAGAGAAUUGUACAAGCUUCAAAAUGAGCUAUAAAUAAGUCUUUCAGAAAUAUGCCCACAUGGGUCAAUAGUUGAAAUACUUGGUCGAUAUAAUGAUUUUGACCUAUCUUAGUGCUUUCAACACUCCGUUAGUCGUUCUUCUGCCAUAAUGAAAAUUAUGUAUUGUCCGAAAGCAUACCACUAGAUAGCCCUUGAAAUUCUCUGCAAAAUGAGCUGGUCACAAUACCCAGACAGGUGGGGCCAGUCAUUAAAGAUAUGGAAAAGAAGCUUUUGGGUGUUAUCUAAGCAGUACAGUGCAUCAUAAUCACAAGAACUUCUUUGUUUUUGACUUUUUUAGUAAAAGCUGGAACCUGCUAAGAUAACACCCA